AUGGCAUAUGCAGCCUCCGUAUAUAGCUCGAAAAGUGAAACAAGUGCCAAGAGUGGACGAUCCUUUCUUUCUCUAGGAGCUAUAGCUGUCGCAUCAACAGCUGCACCUUCGGCAUUCAAGCAAACAUUAUGGAAGAGUCUCAAGAGUUGGAUGAGACCGCCCACUACAACACAACAAGGAUUGAAACAAGAACGUCAACAAGAUAAUGAUUCAAUUGCUACUACAUUAACAGGCACCACGUCGUCAUCGUCAACGUUGAAACCACAGUUGUCAAGUGAGAAUAAUAAUAAUGCAACAGCCGAGUACUCUGGAGCAACGUAUUUAAGAUCAUCCUCCUCGUCAUUGCUAGAGACAACACCGAAAGGAAUUCUUGUCAAGGCCAAACGACGACAAUGUGUUGAGCGGGUGACAUUUCGUGACCCAAGCCCGGUACCACGCUUCCGAAACGUGCCUCCUCCUCCACCACCUUCUCCGCCUUAUCUUGAAAUUGUCAUGCACCACCACCACCACAACGACUCACAAAGCGCCACUAUUGUUGACGACAAUGUUUUCAUGUCGUCAAAACAACAACCCUCGUUAUCACCCACACCAAAGAUAACAAAAAGUCGUCGUUUGUGCUUUACGUCACCUUGGCACCGGGGCCAAACUCUUUUUUUCACACUCCAUAAUGCGUUACCUGAAGACCAUAUCAUCGUCUUCAAGUUCCUUACAAGCAAUGCCAAAUUAUCACCCAAUAGUAGUGCAAGCUCCACUCGAUCCAGCUUUAUUGGUGGCAGCAGUGGGUCAUCCCUCGCAUCCCAAGAAAGAUAUUUUGUGCGGCCCAGUGCAGGAAAAACGAGUGAUCAAACCCAAGUCAUGCUCUUUCUUAAUCAAGUCCCUGACUUGGAUGAUGCAGCCUCUGAAAAAACAAGUUCCACAAAAAGGAUGGUACUCAAGGAUAAAAUUCUCGUUCGAUGGGCUGCUAUUCAACGCCACACCCAAGUGGCAUCUUGGGUCGAAUCAUUACCGGAUUCUACACGUCGUCGUUGGUUAGAGAUGCUUGUUGAACGGUGGCCGGAUCAAGUGGUCGUUCGUGAAACCCGUUUGAAGAUUAGGUUCCUUUGA